AUGUCGUCGACGUUGCAAUUGGUCAAAGCCCCCUUGCUUGUCUUGGCCGCGUCGGUCAUACACUUUGCCACUACCCCACCUCACCCUCCCGCUGCGCCUACAGAGCAAGUCAAGUCCAACUUUCUGGAAGACUUCCUGCGCGUUUCGUCACCGCGGGGGAUUGUCCACUUCUCCCUCUGGGCGGGCGCCCUCGUAGAAGUCGCCUCCAUAUUUCUCAUGACCUAUCCUCCGCCCCCUAAAUCACUCCUCUAUCCAUUAUCCCAAUUGCUGCGCACCGAGAACCCCAGAGGCAUACGGGUAACCAUUCCCUUCCUCCUGGGUGUAUUUCUAUCGUGUUCAGGCGCGUAUCUGCGCUGGGCAUGCUACCGCGCCCUAGGACGAUUCUUCACAUUCGAGAUGAGCUUGAAGAAAGACCACCGCCUGAUCAAAGACGGGCCAUAUUCCUUCGUCCGGCAUCCUGGAUACCUCGCCAUCCUAGUCACGAUUACCGGAGGGUUCUUAACUUUUGCUUCGCCCGGCUCGUGGAUUUGGGAAUCAGGGUUUCUGAAGACUAGAUUUGGCAAGCCGUUGUUUGUGGUGCUGUCCAUGGUUCCGUUGGUUAUUACCGCAAGCUUGAUUGAUCGUUUGCCGAGGGAGGACGAGGUGUUGCAUAAUGCGUUUGGAGAAGAGUGGGAGUUGUGGGCGAAGGAAGUUCCGUACAAGUUGUUACCAUACAUUUGGUAG